AUGGUUCUGGACCAGCAGAUGCUCCACCUUUCCCUCGAGGAUCGCCGCACGGUCGGCUACGACAUGGUUAUCACUCCGCCGGCGGAGAACGAGGUGAAUGCGACCGGCGCGCUUGGCCCAUCACGGGGACAAUCACAAUCACAAUCACAAUCACAAUCACAACCACACGACAACUUGAACCCUGGGAAAACCCACUCCGCUCUCGACCACCCCAUGAGCCGCAUCUAUCGAUGUACCCCUACACCCACCAUCGUCAUCGACGGCUCCCUGCAAAUUGUGGAAGUCUCCGAUAGCCACCUCGCCCUCUUCAAACAUACUCGCGCCGAGCUGAUCGGCUCCAGUAUCUACGAUUUAGCGCCACGGGCCAUCCCCGCUCCAGAUAUUCCCUCGUUAAGUGGCGCGUUGGGUGCCUCCCUCACUACUCGAUCCGUGCAGUCGAUUGAACCAAUUCGUGUCGCCGGGUGCGACUCCGACUUCGCUCUCCGAGUGACUCCAAUCUUCGAAGAUGGCGCCCUCAUCUACGUGGUGCUUGAAGCCCAGAGCAUCAAGCGCGACCCACGUAGUCAACCCGGGUUGAACGAGCAAUACUUCCUGAAUGAAACAUACAAGAUCCUCGUCGACACUGUCAAGGAUUAUGCCAUCUUCAUGCUCGACACACGCGGCAAUAUCGCAACAUGGAACUCAGGCGCUGCCAUUCUCAAAGGUUACACCCGGAGUGAAAUUAUUGGCCAACAUUUCUCCACCUUCUACAGCGCCGAAGACCGGCGAGCCCGAAAACCGGCCCGAGAACUCGAGGUCUGUCUACGGGAAGGUAGGGUAGAAGACGAAGGCUGGCGCUACCGAAAGGACGGCGGCCGAUUCUGGGCCAAUGUCAUGAUCACCCCAAUCUUCCAACUGGGCCGACAUGUCGGCUUUGUCAAAGUCACCCGGGAUCUCACCGAGCGCAAGGCCGCCGAGGCCCGAUUGAUCGACGCAUUUGAAGAGUCGGCCAAGCUGAAGACGGAUUUCCUGGCCAAUAUGUCGCAUGAACUGCGCACCCCUAUGAAUGGGAUGUUUUUGGCUCUGGCGAUGCUGACGAGGACCGCCCUGAGCGAUGAUCAACGGGAAUAUGCGUCAAUUCUGGAAGACUCAACCUCCAUUCUCCUACAAGUCAUCAAUGAUGUCCUGGACUACUCGAAGCUCUCGUCGGGCUCCUUUUCCCUGACUACUGAUGUCAUCAACAUUCCUAGUGUCAUCAACGCCGUGGUCCGCAAUUGCCAGCCCGCGUCAAAACCUAAAUUGUCGGUGGUGAGCUUUAUUGCACCAGACUUCCCUUCGAACCUCCAGGGCGACUCCCUGCGAUUUCGCCAGGUCUUGCAGAACCUUGUCAGCAACGCCGUCAAAUUCACCGAGAAAGGCCACGUUCACGUCAAGGCAUCAUACAAGGUGGAUCCGUCUAGCUCCCAGUCAUUCGAGAUCUCCAUUGAAGUCAUCGAUACUGGAAUCGGAGUUCCCGAAGAAGCUGUCGGUACACUCUUCACGCCAUUCACCCGCUUUGCGGAUUCCGCUACCAAGCGAUACCAGGGCACAGGGCUAGGUCUGUCCAUAUGCAAAAGUCUAGCUGAGCUCAUGAAGGGUGUUGUCGGGUUCCGCACCAACCCAGACGGACCUGGUAGCAUCUUCUGGAUGUCAACCAAAAUGAGCCGAGUUGAUGGCCAUCAAGCGCCACGAUCAAAGCCCUUGGUUUCGCCGACCCCAAUCAAAAACAAUUUUGACCCGGAGCCACUCUUGAAAAAGAUCGCUCCACAAAAACACAUCCUCCUGGUUGAGGAUAACAACGUCAAUCAAACCAUCAUGAUUAAACUCCUCGGAUCCCUCGGCUUUGAACGCGUUGACGCAGCGUGGGACGGAUCAGAGGCAGUACGCAUGGUGAAACAGAAACCGCUGGCCUACAAUCUGAUUCUGAUGGACAUCAGCAUGCCAGUGAUGGACGGCAUGGCAGCAACCAAGCAUAUCCGCGGGAUGAAGAACGAUGUACCUAUCAUCGCAUUGACGGGGAAUGCUCUCAAGGGCGACGCGGAGUUAUAUUUGGCGCAAGGCAUGGACGAUUACAUUGCGAAGCCACUUCAUCGACAGCAACUGAUCGAGAUUUUGUGGAAAUGGUGUGGGUCUUAG